AUGGCGCCCAAGAAGAAAGGCAACAAGAAGGGUGGCGACGACUGGGAGGCCGAGCUCGGCGAGAGCAUCGCCCCGGCCAACGCCGCUGAUUCACCCGCCGCCGACGCCCCCGCCGAAGAGGAGACAUCCGCAGGCGGUGGUGGUCUCAUGAACCUGAUGCGCAAAAACAAGGAGAAGCGCAAGAAGAAGGGCUUCGUCGACGAAACUGCCGACGAUGGCCAGGAUACCCCCAACGCUCUCCCCGAGACUCUCACCCUGCCGGACCUCUCCGCCAAGCAGGCCGAGGAGGCCAAUAUCGAGGACGAGUUUGCGCUGCCAGAUAAGAAGGGCAAGGGCGGCAAGGGAAAGCAACAAAACCAGAAGGCUGCCGCGAAGGAUGAGGAGGCAGAUGAUUCAGGGAGGGUGUUGACCAAGGCAGAGAAGGAGAAGCUGAAAAAGGAGAGGGAGAAGCAGCGGAAGAAGGAGCAGGCUGCGAAGAAGAAGGCGACCGCCCCAGCCAAGGCCGAGCCCGCGAAGGCCGCCGUCGAGGAGAAGAAGGCCGAGACACCCGCCGCCGCACCCGCCGCCGACACGGGCGGCAAGAAGAAGAAACUCCCUCCCCACCUACUUGCCCUACAGAAGCAGCAGGAAGAGCUCCGGCGCCAGCAAGAGGAAGAGGAGCGUUUCCGCGCUGAGGAGAAGGCUAGGAUAGAGGAGGAGAUGAAGCGGGAUGCCGAGGAGACGAAGCGGAGGGAGGAAGAGAAGGCACGCAAGAAGCAGAAGGAGAAAGAGCGCAUCGAGCAACUUAAGCGGGAGGGCAAGUACAUGACCAAGGCACAGAAGGAGGAGAAGGCCCGUAAUGAGCGCAAGCUGCAGCAGAUGAUUGCGGCCGGCAUCAAGGUUGGCGGGCUCGAGGAAGGCGAGGAGGAGAAGGAGAAGGAAAAAGAAAAGGAGAAGAAGAAGGCGGAUGCGAGGAAACGCGGUGGCCGGACAAAGAUUGACGAAGACAAGAUCUUGGAAGAGGCCGCUGAGCGCGCGAGGUUGCAGGCCGAGGCUGCUGCCAAGGAGGCCGAAGAGAAGGCCCGCCUCGAGCGGGAGGCUGCUGAAGCUGAGGCUGCCGCAAAGGCCUCGGCUGCCGCCGAGGAGAGCGUGGACGAGGAUUGGGAGGCAGCUGCCGAGUCGGAGAAGGAGGACGUCAAGGACAGCUGGGAUGCCGAUACCGAAGACGAGGCCGAGAAGGCCGAGAAGGCUGAGAAGGCCGAUGCCAAUGGUAAGGCAAAGGCUCUGCCUUCUCGACCAAAGCCCGCGGACGAGUCAGAAGAAGAAUCAGAGGAGGAAUCCGACGAGGAAUCCGAGGAAGAUGAGAAGGAGACCCAGGCCCGGCUUGCUGAAGCACAGAGGAAGAAGGAGGCGGCCGAACGCCGCGAGAAGGCUCACCAAGCUGCGCUGGCUGCGCGUUCAAAGGAUAAUCUGCGGUCGCCCAUCUGCGUCAUUCUCGGGCACGUCGAUACCGGCAAGACAAAGUUGCUCGACAAGAUCCGGCAGACCAACGUUCAGGAGGGCGAAGCUGGUGGUAUCACUCAGCAGAUUGGUGCCACUUACUUCCCCGUUGAGGCCAUCAGGCAGAAGACGGCUGUCGUCAAUACUGAUGGCAAGUUCGAGUUCAAGGUGCCCGGUCUCCUGGUUAUCGAUACUCCUGGGCACGAGUCUUUUUCUAACCUGCGGUCUCGUGGUUCGUCGCUCUGCAACAUCGCUAUCCUGGUCGUCGAUAUCAUGCACGGUCUCGAGCCUCAAACCCUAGAGUCGAUGAGAAUGCUGCGUGAGCGCAAGACACCGUUCAUUGUCGCUCUCAACAAGAUCGAUCGUCUGUACGGCUGGAAGAAGAUCGAAAACAACGGCUUCCAGGAGUCGUUGGCGCUGCAGAACAAGGCCGUGCAGAACGAGUUCAAGAACCGCCUUGAGCAGACCAAGCUGGCAUUUGCCGAGCAGGGUUUCAACUCGGAGCUGUUCUACGAGAACAAGUCGAUGGCCAAAUUCGUGUCUCUGGUGCCCACCUCGGCCCACACCGGCGAGGGUAUUCCCGACAUGCUCAAGCUCAUCAUCCACCUCACCCAAGAGAGGAUGGUGGGUUCGCUCAUGUAUCUCUCCGAGGUGCAGGCCACCGUCCUUGAGGUCAAGGCUAUCGAGGGUUUCGGCAUGACCAUCGAUGUCAUCCUGUCCAACGGUAUCCUCCGGGAAGGCGACCGCAUCAUCCUCUGCGGUACAGAAGGGGUCAUCAAGACAAAUAUCAGAGCACUACUCACGCCUGCACCGCUCAAGGAACUCCGUCUCAAGUCACAAUACGUGCAUAACAAGGAGGUCAAGGCCGCAUUGGGUGUCAAGAUCAGCGCGCCGGGGCUCGAGGGUGCUAUUGCCGGUUCCCGGCUACUCGUCCUCGGCCCUGAUGAUGACGAGUCGGAUCUCGAGGACGAAGUCGAAUCCGAUCUCGCCAGCUUGUUCAGCCGAGUUGAGAAGUCCGGUCGCGGUGUCAGCGUGCAGGCGUCGACGCUCGGCUCCCUCGAAGCCCUGCUGGACUUCCUCAAGAGCUGCAAGAUUCCCGUUGCCAACGUCGGCAUCGGCCCCGUCUUCAAACGCGACGUCAUGCAGUGCGGUACCAUGUUGGAGAAGUCUCCCGACUUUGCCGUCAUGCUCUGCUUCGAUGUCAAGGUUGACAAGGAAGCGCAGGCGUACGCCGAUGAACAGGGCAUCAAGAUCUUCACCGCGGAUAUUAUCUACCAUCUCUUCGACUCGUUCACAAAGCACAUCAACGAGCAGAACGAGAAGAAGAAGGAGGAGUCCAAGAUGUUGGCUGUCUUCCCCUGUGUUCUCAGCCCUGUGGCCGUCUUCAACAAGACUAACCCCAUCGUCAUCGGUGUCGACGUCGUGGAGGGCUCCCUCAGGCUCAACACGCCCAUUUCCGUCAUCAAGCCGAACCCCACGACAGGCCUCAAAGAGAUCAUCAACAUCGGCAGAGUCACCUCCAUCGAGCGCGAACACAAGCAGGUGCCCGUGUGCAAGAAGGGCCAGCCCUCGGUGGCGGUCAAGAUCGAGAUGGGCGGCCACCAGCCGACCUACGGCCGCCAGCUCGAGGAGAAGGACAUGCUCUACUCGCAGAUUUCGCGCGCCAGCAUCGACACCCUCAAGCAGUUCUACCGCGCCGACGUCACCAACGACGAGUGGCAGCUCAUCAUCAAGCUGAAGCCCAUGUUUGAUAUCCCCUAG